UCAAACCUAAACUGAAUUUCCUGGCAAAAUUCGCGCGCGCUUUUUUCUAAAUUCUGUUUCAGUUUCCCGCUUCCAACUAUUUUAUAAUUUUAUCUCCCAAAUUCAUACAUUUUGAUUUGACAAUUUGGACCCUGGAGCUGCGACUCGUGGCGGUUACCAUUGAAUUCACCAUCCACAAAGUCACAGUGGAUACUGGAAACUGUUUUGCCCCCAAAUCCAAUCCAAUCCAAUCGUGCUUGAAACUCCAUGAACUCUCGGGAAGCUACUCUGGUGGCGACGGCAACUGCGUUUGGUGCCUUGGCCUCCGCCAUCGCUCUCCGCUUCUUCUUCAACCGUUCCCGACGGCAACCAUCCAGAACCAAUUUCUCGCAAAACGGCACCGUUUCCACUCCUCCGGACCCUUUCGACCCCUCCAGGCGCCAUGGGUACUUGUCGUGGGAUGAUUAUUUCAUGGCAAUUGCAUUUUUGUCAGCUGAAAGAUCCAAAGACCCUAACAGGCAGGUGGGGGCUUGUUUGGUGAGUCAAGAUGGUAUAAUUCUUGGCAUUGGUUAUAAUGGAUUUCCAAGGGGUUGUUCUGAUGACAAGCUACCCUGGGCCAAGAAAUCUAGGACUGGAAAUCCUUUGGAGACUAAGUACCCUUAUGUUUGUCAUGCAGAAGUAAAUGCUAUUCUUAACACAAAUCAUGCCUCAGCUGCUGGACAACGGCUAUAUGUGACCAUGUUUCCUUGCAAUGAAUGUGCUAAGAUCAUAAUCCAGUCAGGAGUUUCCGAAGUCAUUUAUUUUGUGGAGAAGAGAUUAGAUAAUCCAGAUAUUGCAUAUAUUGCCUCUCACAAGCUACUUUCAUUGGCUGGUGUUAAGGUCAGGAAACAUCAACCACUGAUGAAUGAAAUUCAUCUGAAGUUUGACGAGCACUAGAUUUUGAAACUUGGCGUGAUUUUUUGGCCUUUGUAGUCACCAUCACCAGGGUUACUGAAAGAUGAUGGCUCUAUAAGUUGGAGCGCUGAACCAAAGCGGUACUCAAUCACUCACAGAGAACACACAGUUAGAGAGCAAUAGAGAUGAGACUUGAGAGAAUAGUAGUGGCACACACUUAUAGAAUGGUAGUGGCUCACACUUAUCUAAUUUCAUUGAAUGAUAGAACCUAUUUAGACAAUAAUCUUCAACUGACUAACAGUCAUGACAACUAACUAUUUAACUAAGACUAAACUGAAUUAUCACAAUUCAACACUAUAUUCUGAAUAUUGCAGAGGAGUUCCUAUAGUUGAAUCUCUCUGCAAAACAGUCGUAAAACGUUUUGGCCCUUCAUUGCCUCUUGUGGACUCUUGCGAAACUGAAUGAAACC